ACCACUAAAAAUCCUGAUCUGCUCGACGUAUGCGAUCCCUCACUUUUUUUCGUCUACACCAUCACAUCAAGUAUCACAGUCCGACGCGACGCCUCGUGCCACGCGCCGUAAGCGAGCGAUAGUGCCUGUUAAAUCUCAUGUACCCCGCCCGCAAACGCCCGCGCCUACAAUACACCCACGCCAUCCCACUUUCCUUCGCUACCUUCGCGAACUCCUUCCUCGUUCCGGCACGAGCACAGUUCCUCCUGUUCGGAAUGAUCAACCUCAUGAUCCUUGGGAUUUCCCUACUACAUCACCCCUAUCUCCAAACUGCUCUCCCUCCGCACAGGCCACGACUCAGACGCGUUCGCACAUAAAUUCCCGCGAGAACACUCGACUCACACCAGCACCGCCUACUUCCUUAUCCCCUGCCACCGCAUCUAAGGCCCGCCUAAGCCGCCUGUUCAUAUGGUGGCCCAUUCGUGCAGGUCAUGUAUCACCGCCUAUUGUGCACGUUCCUCUUGCCCCAGCUAAAUUGCGCUACGCCACAGCAGGUGCUCCCACCAAUAUCGAUGAUGAUUUAAUACGUGAUGAGGACUUUCAUUCUCCUCCGCCGCCGCCGAACCCCAAUUCACGACCACUCGCAGCGGGGCAGAUCAACACUGAACAGCAUGGAAAGGGCCUGUUGUGUGGCUGCUUCUAAAUAGUGGCAAUUUGCUGGUAUUCGAGUUCCGAGUGUUGCCCCUCAUAUCGUCAUUGAAUUUCAAUAGAUGUUCGUGAUAUUUGGCCUCUACAUUGUAUUACUUCUCUUUGUAUCGCGCUACAAACAGUGUUGCCAAAACUCGAUUUCGUUCAUGAUAGUGAA